UCCCUGCUUAAGCAAGCAGCGGAAGAGACUUAGGGAUAUGGACGGCAAUAUAAAAGGCCGAAUCAGCGUAUUGUCCUCUCACAUUAUGGCUUCCGAGAAAGAGGCUGCUCUCGCAGCUGUUCCCUCCGAUUCUCCCACCAUUUUUGACAAAAUUAUCAACAAGGAAAUCCCAUCAAAUGUUGUUUAUGAGGAUGAUAAGGUCCUAGCUUUUAGGGACAUAUCUCCUCAAGCUCCUACACACAUUUUGAUCAUUCCCAAAGUCAAGGAUGGCUUAACUGGGCUGUCUAAGGCUGAGGAGAGACACCGUGAUAUUCUGGGUCACCUGCUGUAUACUGCUAAGCUCAUUGCUAAGCAGGAAGGACUUGAAGAUGGUUUUAGGAUUGUGAUUAAUGAUGGGCCAAGUGGAUGUCAAUCUGUUUAUCACCUUCACAUCCACCUCCUUGGGGGACGUCAAAUGAACUGGCCUCCUGGCUAAGAUGGAGCCAUCAUGUGGACAGACAUGUUCAAUGGUUGAAAUGUAUUGCCUAGUGCUGCUAUUACUAUUGAACUUGUAUCUCAGAAAGAAUUGACCUGCAUUUGCAAUCUGGCAUGUUAUUUAAAUAAUGUGAAAAACUGGUGAAGCUAUAAGACAGUGAAGCAGUAAGUCUUUUGUCGAACUUAAUUGGGAAAGCAUGUCGAUUGACUGGUUUUACUUUA